AUCCUGCUGUGCACCAUGGGGAAGGACAGGCUGCUCAUCAAACCAACCAUCUUCCUUCUUCUCCUCUUCUUCCUCCCUGCAGACACCUCACCUGCUGCAGAGCCGCAGUAUAUGGUACUACUGCCCUAUCUGAUACACACCGAUUCUCCUGAGAAAGUCUGUGUCCAGCUGACCCACCUGAAUGAGUCUGUGACGCUGAGUGCCACACUUGAGUACCAAGGGGAAAACAGGAGCUUGAUUGAUGAUGUGGUGUCGGAGAGGGACGUGUUCACCUGCAUCCCUUUCUCUGUUCCAAAAUUGAGUAGCCAGUCGCCAGUCACAUUUGUCACUGUGACAGUGAAGGGGGCAACACUGCAGUUCAGGAGCCGCAAGUCGGUGCUGGUCAAGAAUUAUGAGAGCUUGGUCUUUGUCCAGACAGACAAACCCAUCUACAAGCCCGGACAGACAGUCCUGUUCAGAAUUGUUUCUCUGGAUAAAGACUUCCGUCCCUUGAAUGAGGUGUUUCCGCUGGUCUAUAUCGAGGACCCAAAGAAAAACCGUCUGUACCAGUGGUCAAAGGUGGAGUUAAAGGGGGGGUUAAUUCAGCUGUUGUUCAAACUCACUUCUGAACCUAUGCAAGGGACCUACACAGUGGCGGCACAGAAGGCCUCUGGGAAGACAAUUCAGCACCCUUUCUCUGUGGAGGAGUAUGUGCUGCCAAAAUUUGAAGUAACAGUGAAAAUGCCCAAGGUGAUCACCAUUCUUGAUGAGAAGCUGAAGGUGACAGUUUGUGGUCUAUACACAUUUGGGAAGCCUGUUCCUGGCCUCGCGAGCUUCCGUGUCUGCCGGAAGUUUGAACGCACAACCACCUGCUAUGGUGAAGAGGCUAAGGCCGUGUGUGACGAGUUCUCUGGACAGACAGACAACUAUGGCUGCAUUUCUGAAAUUGUAAAGACCAAGGUGUUCCAGCUCAAAAGAAGUGGAUAUGAGAAUAAGCUCCAUGUGGAGGCUAAAAUUAAAGAGGAGGAGACAGGAGUGGAGUUGACUGGAACAAGCUUCUCCCAGAUCACAACUACCAUUAGCAAAAUCACCUUUGAGCAUUCAGACUCCCACUACAAACCUGGAAUCCCCUUCUUUGGGCAGGUGAAACUAGUGGAUGGGUCUGGUGCUCCAAUUGCCAAUGAAACUGUGAGGAUUUCUUUAGAAGGAAGCCAGGAAACCAACUACACAACAAAUGAAGAGGGCAGGGCAUGGUUUGCCCUGAACACUUCUGCAUUGCACUUCAGUUCUGUUGGAAUUAGGGCAAUUCAUAAAGUACACCCCUACUGCUAUGACCAUUCCUGGGUUGUUCCAAAUUAUGAAGAGAGCUACCUCCAACUAAAGCGCUUUUACUCCCCCAGUAAGAGUUUCCUCAAAAUUGAGCCCAGGUCUGAGACACUCAGCUGUGGCUCCUCCACAGAGGUCCGCCUGCACUAUAUUCUUACUCCAGAGGCCAUAGAAGAAGAGAAGAAAAUUGUCUUUUACUACCUGGUGAUGGCCAAGGGAAUCAUUAAGCAAGCGGGCACCCACAUUCUAGAUUUGGACCAGGAAAGUGCCAAUGGGAUCUUUCAGCUACAGCUGUCUGUACAAGCUGAUAUUGCUCCAGUGGCCCAAGUGCUUGUCUACACCACUUCCCCCAGCGGGGAGGUGAUUGCUGAUUCAGCCAUGUUCAAUGUAGAAAAGUGUUUCAACAAUAAGGUGGACUUGAGCUUCUCUCCUUCUAAAGGCCUGCCUUCCUCUAAUGCUCACUUGCUGCUCAAAGCCUCCCCGGACUCCCUCUGUGCUGUCCGUGCUGUGGACAAGAGUGUUCUCCUCAUGAAGCCAGAAGCUGACCUGUCACCCAGCUCUGUGUAUAGCUUGCUGCCAGUGAAGGAAUUGCAUGGCUAUCACCAUGGUCCAGUCACUCUCUUGGAUGAGCCCCUGGAGGAUUGCAUCCCUUUGAAGAAUAUAGUUGUGAAUGGGAUCACCUAUACUCCAGUAGAGGAGACGAACGAAGAGGACACUUACAGCAUCCUAGAGGAAAUGGGAUUAAAGGUUUUCACAAAUACCAAGGUGAGGAAACCUUGGUAUUGCAGAACUGUGAGUUACAUGUCUGAAGGAGUCCACUUUCCAUCGCCUGCAGGACUCCGGCUUGCAUCACCUGCAGUCAUGGCUGGAGCACCUGUCAAUGCAAUCAAUCUUGGUUGUUUGGAAUUAUCGGUAGUUGAUAUCUUUUCCAUCUCAUCACAUUCAGGCUUUCGGUCAGAUAGACUUGAUGCCACGGUAAGCACUCCUGAAGAGCUGACGGAGACAGUCCGAAAGUAUUUCCCAGAAACUUGGAUUUGGAACUUAGUAUCUAUAAGCUCUGAGGGAAAUGCUGAUCUAGAUGUGACCAUCCCUGACACCAUCACUGAGUGGAAAGCCAAUGCAUUCUGCACUUCAGCAGACACGGGCUUUGGCCUGUCCCCGACAGUGUCCCUCAGAGCCUUCCAGCCCUUCUUUGUAGAGCUCACUCUGCCCUACUCUGUGGUGCGUGGUGAGGCCUUCACGCUGAAAGCCACCGUUUUCAACUACCUGACCACCUGCAUCAGGGUCAGUGUGACUCUGGCUCAAUCUGCUCAUUUCCUGGCUAGUUCGGUGGAAAAGGAGGAAGAAUCUCAUUGUCUCUGCGAGAACGGGAGGAAAACUGUGGCUUGGCUGGUGACUCUCAAAUCUCUAGGGCAGGUGGAGUUCUCCGUGACCACUGAGGCCCUGCAGAGCCAGCAGCCCUGCGGGAAUGCCAUCGUGGAGGCCCCUGAGAAAGGGCGGAAGGACACGGUCAUCAGACAGCUGCUGGUGGAGCCUGAAGGAAUUGAGAAGGAAACAGUCCAGAACUCUGUGCUCUGUGUAAAAGGAACACCUGUGAAAGAGAAGUUUUCCCUGAUGCUACCCUCAAAUGUGGUACAAGACUCAGGCAGAGCAUAUUUCUCAGUGCUGGGCGACAUCAUGGGCACAGCCAUGCAGAACCUGCACCAGCUCCUCCAGAUGCCAUUCGGCUGUGGGGAGCAGAACAUGGUCCUGUUUGCACCCAACGUCUAUGUCCUGGACUAUCUGAACAAGACAGGGCAGCUGAGCGAGGAGGUCAAAUCCAAGGCCAUCGGAUACUUAGUGAGCGGUUAUCAGAGGCAGCUGAACUACAAGCACCCAGAUGGCUCUUACAGUACCUUUGGACCACGUUAUGGACAACCGGGGAACACCUGGCUCACAGCCUUUGUCCUCAAGUCUUUUGCCCAGGCCCGGCCUCACGUCUUCAUAGAUGAGAAGCACAUCCAGGAUGCUCUGGUCUGGCUGUCCUAUAAACAGAAGGAGAAUGGCUGUUUCCGUAGUUCUGGGAAACUCCUGAACAAUGCUAUGAAGGGUGGAGUGGACAACGAGGUCUCGCUGACGGCCUACAUCACCAUCGCAUUGCUGGAGAUUCCGCUGCCUGUAACCCACUCAGUGGUGCGUAACGCUCUGUUCUGCCUGGAAACAGCAGCAGCAGAGAAAGAAAACCACGUGUACACCAAGGCCCUGAUGGCGUAUGCCUUUGCCCUGGCAGGGAAGGAGGACAAGCGGAAGGCAUUGCUUGGCUCACUUGAAAAGGAAGCCGUGAAAAAGGAUGGGUCUGUUCAUUGGCAGCGGCCUGGGAAAGAGCCAGAGGUGGAUCUCCCGUAUUAUCGCUACCGAGCUCCCUCUGCUGAAGUGGAGAUGACAGCCUACGUGCUCCUUGCUUACCUCACCACACAGCCGGCACCUUCCCAGGAGGAGCUGUCAUUCGCAUCUCUUAUUGCAAAGUGGAUCAGUGGUCAGCAGAAUCCCAGUGGAGGCUUCUCCUCCACCCAGGACACAGUGGUGGCUCUCCAAGCCCUGUCCCUGUAUGGAGCCGUCACCUAUGCCAAGAGCGGAGCAGCUUCCACAGUGACCCUGCGAUCUGGAGGGGACUUCCAGCAGGACUUCCAAGUGGAUCCCACAAACCGGCUGCUGCUCCAGCGCGUGCCCCUGCCCCAGGUGCCAGGGGAGUACAGCACGGAGGUGUCUGGCGAAGGAUGCGUCUACCUGCAGACAAGCCUGAGGUACAACGUGCAGCCCACGCAGGAGGAUGCACCCUUCACGCUCCACGUGUACACGAUCCCAGAGACAUGUGAGGACUCCAAGGCUCACAAGGUCUUUGACAUAGGCAUAAAUGUCAGUUACACUGGGGAGCGCAAUGGCUCCAACAUGGUGAUUGUUGAUGUGAAGAUGCUGUCGGGAUUCAUCCUUGUGAAAUCCUCUGUGAGGAAGCUGCAAAGCCGACCUGUUAUUGAGCGCACAGAGCUGACUACCAACCAUGUCCUGGUAUAUCUGGAAAAGCUGAGCAGCGAGACCCUCAGCUUCUCCUUCACGGUGGAGCGGGACAUCCUGGUGCAGGGCUUGAAGCCAGCUCAGGUGAAGGUCUAUGACUACUAUGAGACAGAUGAGUUUGCCACACAGGAGUACAGCGCUCCCUGUGCCACAGAAGAUCUUGUUGAGGGGGCUGUUGAAAUGUUAGAGGAGGACACCUCAACAUCGAAAAGGAAGUAA